AUGUCGCACGCCCGCGUCGAAGAACUCUCAGACUCGGAUCCCGACAUCGACGACCCCUCCAACUUCCUCCCACAAGACGACAACCAAAUCAUCCGGCCCACAACCGUAGCACAGACCUCCUCAAUACCUCAACAACAACCAAACCCAACGCUCUUUCGCCCCCCGCCUAACGCAGCCGAUUCAGACUCUUACCCUCAAUUUCGCAGACAACCUCCUGCCGAAGUCAAGCACUACCAAUGCAUCUACCCGAUCUACUUCGACUCGACGCGGUCGAAAUCCCAAGGCCGGCGCGUGUCGAAACAUCUGGCAAUCCCGAACCCUCUGGCGUGGCAGGUACUGUGCGCCAUCCGCUUCAGCCUGGGCGAGAAUGCGUUCCGCGUGGUCUUUGAGCCGGACAAGACACAUCCCAAGGACUGGGCGAACCCCGGGCGGGUGAAGAUCCAGCUAAAAGAUUUCGAUGCCGCCAACAAGCCUGUGAGCCGCCGCGUGCAGAGUAAAGCACAUUUAUACAGCAUCAUCGGAAAAUGGCUGGUCGAACAUCCCACGACGAAAGAGACACCGUUGGAGUUGAAAUUGCCGGGCCUGCCUAUACCGGAGAAGUUUCUGGAGAGCGAGGUCGUCGUGCCGAGGAGGUGGAAGAUGAGUACGAUCUUGCCGGUGCAUAGCAACGCGGUGAGCGGCGGUGGGGUCAAGGAUAAUUUCUUCCAGGAAGCUAUGGAGGAGUUGAAGGCCGCGCAGGCAAAGGGGCAUUUAGCCGGUGCAUCGCCAGGGGAUGGGCCCGGUGGUGGUGGAGGGAUGCCAGAUAUGGCUGCCCUGCAGAGCAUGAUGAGCGGGAUGGGAGGUAUGGGCGGACUGGGUGGACUGGGAGGGUUGAUGGGUGGUGGAGGUGGUGCAGAGUCAAGUGGCGGGAAGAAGAAAAAGGACAAGAAGAAGGGUUGA